AUGUAUUCGAAGACAUUUAAAAAUGGCAUAUUGACACCUCUAAGGACCUUUGAAGACAUUAAUGUUAUAUCAUUUCUCUUACUUUGGUUCGUUGUUCAUCACAAACGUCAUUCAACAAUACCAGUUCUAUCAAAUAUUCUAUUAUUAUUAUCUCUAUCGACAUUGAUCGUUGCAGUUAUAUCUGUUAAUGGAAAAGUUCAUAUCGAAUUUUCCACACGUACACAGUUACAUCACUUAAUUAAUAGCUAUGAGACGACACCUCAUAUUGCUAUAACAAAAAUACAAUUACAUUAUCAAUGUUGUGGAAUUAAGAAUAUAACUGACUGGGAGACAACAUAUACAAUAAUUAAAAAUAAUACCAGUGUACCAGAUUCAUGCUGUAAACACUUAUACGAAACAUGUGGACGAAAUCAGUUGAUAUUACUCAAUAAUGUUAAUAUAAUUGGAUGUUUUGAUGUUAUUUCAGAGAAAUAUCGGCAUAAAUAUGGUUUGUUAGCAACUACAAAUUUUUGUUUAAUGAUCGCCUUGUUUAUAAAUGCCAUAAAUGGUUUCAUUAUAAAACAGCAUUUUACAGACAAUGAUACAUGA